AUCUAUCUUCACACCUUAAAUAUCUCACUAACCAAACAUAUACACUCUCUUCUUCCAUUUCAUGUAUACAAAGAAAGAAAAAUGAAACACAUAACCAUCCUUAUUUUGUUCAUUGUGUUGCUAACAGUUACUACCUCUGUGUCCUCUCGCAGAUCCACAUCAUCAACUACCAAACCUUCACCAUCUAGUGAGAACAACAACAACAAAGGUGGAGGCAAUGAUUACGGUGGUUCCUUUGGAUUUGGACCAGGAGGAAGUUUUAGCAUACCAGGUUUUGGGAACAACAUAGGAGGAGGAUAUGGAAGUGGUUAUGGAACUCCAAAUGGUGGCUACUCAAGAAAUGGUGUAACUAGGCCUACUAUUAUCUGCAAAGACAGAGGCCCUUGUUAUCAGAAGAAGGUGACGUGUCCAGCAAGGUGUUUUUCUUCCUUCAGUCACUCUGGCAAGGGUUACGGUGGUGGAGGCGGAGGUGGCGGCUGUAACAUUGAUUGCAAAAAUAAAUGUAUCGCUUAUUGUUGAGGGAAGCCACUACUAUAUAUUAGUGUGCGAGUUUAACUUUUGGAUAAAUAAAAAUUUAUGAUACUACUUAUAUAUGGGUUGAUCUGAGUUAGAACUUGCUUUCGAUUAUAUAUAUAUGGUUUUUUUAAUGUCUAUAUCUAUAUAGUUUAAGAUAUUAUGGGACAUCGCUGAGAAGAUUCUCAUUCUGGGCUGCUAUUUUUUUCUCUCUUAUAAAAACAUGUAACAAAACGUUUUUAUAUAUGUGUGUGUGUGUUGAGUUAUAUUUUGGCUGAGGUAGGUUUAGUUUGUACUACUUGGGCCAUUUUUCAUUGAGAUGACAAGAAUUUCACUAUUGCACA